UUUAAUUAGCCUACAAGACAGGAUUUAUUUAGGUUACAAUGGGUUUAUUUUUAUCGAAGAUUGUUGAAGCUUUAACAGCUUUUAGCGGUAGUGAUCCAUCCCGGAUAUUAAUGUUAGGAUUAGAUGCUGCUGGUAAAACGACGGUAUUAUAUAAGUUAAAGUUAAAUGAGACAGUAUGUACAAUACCUACUAUAGGAUUUAAUGUCGAAACUGUCUCACCUGUUAAAGGUGUUACAUUCACAGUAUGGGAUGUUGGAGGACAAGAAAAAAUUAGAACUUUAUGGAGACAUUAUUACCAGAACGCACAAGGUUUGGUAUAUGUUGUUGAUAGUGCUGAUGUUACCAGAAUGGCCGAAGCUAAAGAAGAAUUACAUGCUAUAUGUAAAGAUAUCCAAAUGGAAGGUGUACCUGUUGUCAUAGUAGCCAAUAAACAAGAUUUACCUGGGGCUUUAAAAACAUCUGAAAUAGCUGAUCAAUUAGAUAUGAUGUCAUUCCGAGAUAGAAAAUGGUACGUUCAAGGAGCUUGUGCUAAAACUGGAGAAGGAAUCUAUGAAGCUAUGACUGAAAUGGCCAGAUUAACAAAAUUAUUCCAGAGUAAAAGAUGAGAGAAAUUUCAAAAUAAUUAAUUUUGUGUGUAUUAAAAACAAUGGAUGAACAAACUAGUGUAUAUAUACACAUAUCAGUUCUAUUGUUUCAACACUUACAAUCUGAUUAAAAGAUGAGCAAAAUUCAAAAUAAUGAUUUGUGUGUGAAUUAAAAACAAUGGAUUGAGUCGGUAAAUAUAAUUGCUCCUGAUUCAAACCCGAUUGAAUGUUUUAUCUUAGACUGUGAAGUCAGGACACGUGGGUACUUCGUGAAACCUUUAAAUGUAAUGAAUGUGUGUAAAAUAUUGGAUGUCAGAAGCCUUUUCAGUUUUUACUGUAAUUUAUAAUCAGUUAUACGAAUACGAAUAUAGCGUCACCGUUUGACAUGACUCGGGGAAUAUGUCUAGCCUCGUUCUUUGGGUCCCUUGUUACAAAUGGCGCUGAAACGCAUUAUGGUACACGAUUCGUGUACCAGUGGUAAAAUGUUUAAUUUGUCUUAAAUAUUGGAUAUCAGAAGCCCAUCUUUUCAAAGUAAGAUCACAACAUCAAUGUUGAUUUAAAUUGUCAAAUAAUUCGUGUUUUCAAUGUCGAAGAUUUUGGAUGAUAUUGAGUUAGAGACUUAGCUACUUUAAAGGUAAUGAAUAUAUGUGAUAAUAUUAUAACAUUAUUUCACGAGACAAUGUAGAUUUAUUAACAACCUUAUACUUCGCGGAGCCGUGUGUAAUGAAUGUGUGUUAAGACCAACAUUAUUUCACGAGACAAUGCAGAUUUAUUAAGAACCUUAUACUUCGCGGAGCCUUGUGUAAUGAAUGGAGCGAACUGAAAUUGAUAAAUAUGUCUGUGAUAUUAUAAAGAUCUAUAAUAAUUUGACGAUAAUUUACAGCCUUAUUGAAUUUGUGCACGUGCCGUUUAGUCAUAUUGCACAUAACCAUAAACCGUAUUAUAUAGAUUUAUAUAAGUUCAUGACGUAACUAAAUCUAUCAACCGUAUAACUGGUUCAUAUUCAAUGUUUAAGAUAUCUUACCUAUAUUAGCCUUAUUGAAUUUGUGCACUUGUCGUAGUCAUCAUUGUACUAAACCUAUCAACCUUAUAAUUUGUUCAUAUUAUAUGUUUAAAAUAUCUUACCUAUAUUUCUAUGCAUUAUUUGAUUACAUGUACUUUGUAAAUAUUUCACAUGUAAUUUAUAUCGACUUAACCUAUCAACCUUAUAAUUGGUUCAUAUUAAAUGUUUAAAAUAUCUUACCUAUAUUUCUAUGCAUUAUUUGAUUACAUGUACUUUGUAAAUAUUUCACAGGUAAUUUAUACCGACUUAACCUAUCACCCUUAUAAUUGGUUCAUAUUGAAUUUUUAAAAUAUCUAACCUAUAUUUGUAUGUAUUAUUUAAUUUGUUGAUUAAUUUGUAAAUAUUUCGCAGGUUAUUUUUUAUUACUUAUGUAUAUAAAAUGACUGAAUACAAUUCACUCUGUAUAUAUAACUUUAAAGAUCCCUUGGCAGUUGGAAUUCGAUAUAAGAGUUGGUCGUAUAUACAUAAUAUGAGGGACUAUAAUUCAUUCUGUACAUUUAUC